UUUUUCUCUGUCUUCCCCACACUUUUAUUUAAAGACAUUUCAAUCUAAUGACUUCAAAUUACAAACAAGCAAAAAGACGGUUAAAACAACUUGGUGCUAUCUUGGACCCCUCAAAAGCUGGUUGGUCUGAUUCAGAAGAUGAAGGAUUAGUUCAAGAAGCUAAUAUAAAGUCUGUACGUAUCGGAGACGUUGUUAUGCCUAUUUACCCUGCCGAAAACCCAGAGUUAGUACCCCAAGUAGAAGGCCCUUUUUAUGAUGAUGCUCAAGAUAUUUUGCGGCAUUUAAGAUGGAUUAUGCAAAAGGAUAAGUUGGGUCAAGAUAUUUUCUUAUUAGGUCCUCCUGGACCUUUGCGUCGUAAUCUUGUAAUGAAAUAUGCAGAGAUGACACAAAGAGAAAUAGAGUAUGUUGCAUUAUCUAAAGAUGUGACAGAUGCUGAUUUAAAGCAGAGAAGAGAGCUUCAAAACAGUACAUCAUUCUAUGUAGAUCAAGCUGCCGUAAGAGCUGCUAUCUACGGCCGUAUUUUAGUAUUAGAUGGUAUCGAAAAAGCUGAGCGCAAUGUAUUACCAAUUCUUAACAAUUUACUAGAAAAUCGUGAAAUGUCAUUAGAAGAUGGUCGUUUCUUAACUACAAAAGAACUAGCGAAUACAUCAAAUACUAAAUUUGAGAAAGUCAGUCCUCGAUUUUUAGUAUUUGCGUUAGGUUUACCUGUACCGCCUUAUGUUGGUUAUCCUCUUGAUCCUCCCCUUCGAUCACGAUUCCAAAGUAGAAAUAUUAAGGCUCCUGAAUUUAAAUCACAAGUGAAUCAAAUGCUUAGUUUGAUUAAUAAUAAUGAGAAAGUAUCCCAAGAAUUAAUUGAACGUUUAAUUUCUAUUAGUUUAGUCUUGGGUGUACAAAAUGAUAACCAUGGAAUUCAAGUUCCUGAGUUUCCAAUGACCAUUGAGAGCUUAGCUCCAUUGUUAUCCUUAGUUCCUCAUAUUCAUCCACGUUUUCUCGUUGAUAUCUUGUACCCUUAUCCACUUUUACCUACCUGUGAUUUAGAGCAAUUAAGCGUGAUUGAAUCCGCUUAUAGAAGAUUUAAUGUAAAGUCAGCUGUAGUGGAAGCAACUGUAGAGGCACGCCAGACGUCUUCUGGCUAUUCACUUGCUAGUCUAGAUCCAAUUAUUAGCAAUUCAAAUAAGUCUGUUGAUGCUCAUAAAGCGAUUGCGAUAUGUGCAUCUGACCAACACGAUACAGUUGAAUUACCUAUCUAUUGUGGUCCCUCAGCUUUUAGUCCUGCAGAAUACUUUAUUGAAACUCCUUAUCAUCGAGACAUCUUUUCUGCCAUGGUGCUAGUUCAUGCUGGCGGUAAAGAUAUCUGCUUAAUCGGUACACAGAAAGGUGUAGGUAAAUCUGCUCUCGUCAGGCAUUUUGCUCGUAAUUUAGGUUAUACAAUUGAUUAUAUUCCACUUUAUCGUGAUAUGUCCUCUCGAGAUUUACUUCAACGUAGAUCGACUACCCCUACUGGUGAUACCGUCUGGGAGAAUUCACUUUUAGUAGAGGCUGCUAUUCAUGGUCAUCUUGCUGUUUUAGACGGUAUCGAAGCUCUUUCUUAUGGUACUCUGAAUACACUUCAACGACUCUGUUCUGAACGUGAGACACAAUUACCAGACGGUACUCGUUUUGUGAGUAGCAAACGUUAUGCUCAGUUAAUGUCCCAACAACCACGUGAAAGCUUGGAGACCAAAAGAAUUUUCCCUAUCCAUCCUUCUUUCCGUAUCGUCGCAUUGGCAAGAGCAGGUCUGAGUGGACAGAUGGAUACAAAGGCUGGUUCCUGGUUAACAGCAGAGAUUUUAUCUAUGUUUCAUUUCAUCGUUGUUGACACACUUCCAUCCCAUGAAGAGCAAGAAGUCUUGACUGCUCUCUCUCCUGGCGUUGAUGAAAGGAAACUUCAACAAUUGUUAACCUUUUCUAGACGUCUUCGUCGCGACAAAGAUGAAACGAUACGUCUCUUGUCAAGCGCUCUCUCAACACGUCAGCUCAUUCGUAUCUGUCGUCGCUUAUCUUAUUUUGAAAAUGAAAGUUUAUAUGCCUCUAUUCAAAAGGCAGCCUUAUCACGCUUUAUGCCCACUGUUGCGCGUGAAGCCCUUGAGACGGUUAUGAUCGCUAAUGGUAUUUAUCCACCAUCUAAAAAGAAGUCCUCUGACAAUACUCCACCACCAGUAGUAGAAGAGAUUGAAGUUUUACCCUCUAGGCAGUCGCCUGAGCAGAUUCGAAUUGGUAAUGUCAUUCAGCCUGUAUUUAAAGGUGGUGACCCCAUGCUAAUCCCUCAUGUUGUCUUUCAUGAGAACCCUGCUCAUACUGAAAUCCUAAAGGAGAUGCUUAAAGACUAUCAAUUAGGUGAUCAUUUAUUGUUGAUUGGCAACCAAGGUGUCGGUAAAAACAAAUUAGCAGAUUAUUUUUUACAGUUACUCCAAUUACCUCGAGAAUAUAUUCAAUUACAUCGGGACAGUACUGUUCAAACUUUAACGACUACGCCUGCUAUUGUUAAUGGUGUCUUAACCUAUCAGGACUCUGCUCUCAUUAAAGCUGUUCGUGAGGGUACCAUAUUGGUUGUAGAUGAAGCUGAUAAAGCCCCCACGUAUGUUACGGCAGUUCUUAAAAGUUUGGUUGAGGAUGGACAAAUGGUUCUCGGAGAUGGUCGACGUAUUAUUUCGAAAGAAACGGAUUUACAAGAAGGGGGAGCUCAUAUCCUGGUUCAUCCUAAUUUCCGUAUGAUUGUCUUAGCCAAUCGACCUGGCUACCCCUUUUUAGGCAACGAUUUCUACCGUGAGAUUGGUGAUGUCUUUAGCUGUCAUGCUGUAGAUAACCCUGAUAUGUUAUCUGAAAUGUUUUUAUUACGCAAAUAUGGCCCUCAUGUCUCUAAGGACUUGCUUAUGAAAUUAUCGAGUGCCUUUACUGAUUUACGUAAACUAACAGAUGAGGGCUUGAUCUCAUACCCUUAUUCAACUCGUGAAUUAGUCAAUGUCGUUCUUCAUAUUGAAAAUUAUCCAGAGGAAGGUAUAUCAAAGAUUUUGCAAAAUGUGUUUGACUUUGAUCAAUAUGAUCAAGCCUCCAAGGAGCUCGUCAUCGAGAUCUUUGAGAGACACGGUAUUCCGGUAGGUCUUGAAUCCGAUUUUUCUAUGCAAUUGGGUGAUGUUAUUUCAUUAGGAGAGCCUGUUCUGUCCGAACAAUGGACCCGUGCACCUCCAUCUGCAGCGGAAGGGUAUGUGGCGACAAAGGUAAUAAGUGAGCCCAUUGCUAUUCGUGGAAGUUGGGAUAUAGAGGUUGGAAAGAGAGGGAAGGACCUCGAAAGGAAAGAAGGAAGAUCUACAGUAUUCUCUGAAGAGCUUUAUUCCUUCCAUAUUCCUACUCGUGGUGAAGCACUUGAUAUUGCUACUGUGGAUGAUGGGACACUCUUUGUCGUUACCACAAACCCUGUCACCCUUCAUCGAAUUGACCCUAAUCAUAAACAUGUAGAUAGUUUGGAUCUUUAUGAAUAUUUUCCUCUUCAAAGAGCACCUCCUAGACUUCGUAUCUCUAUCAUACGUGCCGCACAAACAGGCAUGGUAAAAUAUGUUGUCCUUCAUAAUCCUACUAAUAAUGAGCUCCUUUGCUGUGACUUUAAGAAGAGGAAGGUUAUCUCUGUCGUUAUUCGUGGUCUUGAACCUGUCAGUUCAAUCAUGUGUAAUAAUUUGAGUUCAACGGGUAUCUUGAUCUUUUACCAACAGGACCAAUCUGUCGUAACCGUAAUUGAUUUUAAUACAUCAGAGCAACAUACCUUAAGUUUCCCUCAUCGUAUCAAUCAACUUUAUGUCCUUGAGCAUCACUUUUGGAUUGCUCGUGGUAGUCGUGGUGAUCAACUGCUAUAUGCUAUCUUACCUAAAAGUCAUAGUACAAAUACAAUAGUCGGGUUACCUAAUGUCAUGGAACCUAUUCAAGUCUUGAGACAGAAUGGUCAGUCCACGAUAAAUGAGUUUAUUCAUAUCUUUGAGAAGGAGUUUAUGCCUGGUGCUAAAAUAGCACAAACUACACGUCUUGAUACUUAUGCUUCUAUCCUUGAAGGAUGCUCUCUUUCUGAAUUCACUGAUAAUACAGGUGGUAUAGUCAAUGUGUUAUCGUAUCUUAAAAAGCAACAUAGUGAUGAACAAAUAGCAUCGAUAAUAAAGGGUUCUACACUGUAUCUGGAAAAGACACAGCAGUUAGCUAUCAUUCAACCUCCUACAGAUGGUCGUGCAGAAGGUUCUUUAGAUUUAUUAAAUCCUCAAUUAAAUCAAAUCUGGCGUAUUAAGAUACCCCUUUCAGUAAUAGGUUCUAUGAACACUCCUUUUUUACCUGGGAAUAAUUCAUUCCAAGUGGAACGAUUUGUAGCUACCAUGUGCGAACUUUCAAAUGGUAAUCUUGUCACUAUGGAUAAUGCAGGCACAGUUCGAGUUUGGCAAGUAAGUUCAAAUGAGAUCUACCAGGCUGCAAAGACUUGGAAACAGAUGGUUGGUGUUGAUCAAAAGGUUCUAUCCGUUAUUUAUGAAACCGAUAAAGAUAAAAAUAAUAUAGAUUUUGAUGAGGAAAAUCAAAAAAUAGUUGGAAAACAAAGUGAUAAUGCAGACACUCAAUGUCAAAAUAAUGCUAACGGACAAGGAUCAGGAGGGAGCUCCGGGAUGGGCGAUGGAGAUGGUGGUUCUUCAGGAUCUGGUUCUGGAGGAGGUGGUGGAAUGAAUGGAUCUGGUAAUAAUAUGAAUGAAGAAGGUCGUCAAGAAGCAUCAUUUGAAGAUAUUGAUAAUAUCAAAUUGAAAACGGCUGGUGAUGAACCCGAAGUAAUUAGCCGUGCUCAAAGAGAAAUGCAUGAACAGGCUAUGGAAAAGAAAUUAUCUAAACUUCAAAUGACUCAAGCAGAUUUCCAUCAAUAUAAUCAAUUUAUGGAAAAUAUUCGUCGUGAAGUUCGUGAAUUAAGAGUUAUUUUAGAAAGUGUCGAAGCAAAAAAGCAUGAAAGAAUUUGGCUUAAAAACCAGGCCUCUGGUGAUUUGGAUGAUACAAAAAUUGUUGAAGGUCUUACUGGUGAAAGAGAUAUCUAUAAAAAGAGAGGAGAAGAUGAACCUGAACUUGGUCUUUUCCAAGAUAAACCCAAGAGGAUGAAUUUUGUAUUCGAUUUAUCUGCAAGUAUGUUUCGUUUUAAUACUCAUGAUCGUCGCUUGGAACGAUCCAUGGAGGUCGCGCUUAUGUUAAUGGAAUCCUUCCGUGGAUUUGAGCAUAAAUUUGCAUACAAAAUUAUAGGCCAUAGUGGAGAUGGAGCAAAUAUCGAGUUUGUUACGCCUGGUAAAUAUCCCAAAACAGAAAAGGAGGCAUUUGAGAUUAUCAGUAAAAUGAAAGCACAUUCACAAUAUUGUUUGAGUGGCGAUAAUACUCUUGGAGCUGCUGCACAUUCCAUAAAAGAAAUAGUAGUGGAAGAAGCGGAUGAUUAUUUUGUAGUUGUUUUGUCGGAUGCUAAUAUAGCGCAAUAUAAUAUUCAUCCAAAUGAUAUUGCUAGAAUUUUGAAAUCUGAUGAUAGAGUAACUGCACAAAUGAUAUUUAUUGGUAGCAUCCAAAAUCAAGCAGAACAGUUAAAAAAGGCUUUAGGAAAUCAUGCGCAUAUUUGCACAGAGAACAAAGAAUUACCAAAAAUCAUAAAAUCGCUUUUCCUUGCUUCUAUGGUGAAAGGAUAACAAAACUCGUGAUAAAUGUAUUUGUAAUAGAUCCUAAAUAGAUUUUUUUAUAGCAUAUACAGAUUGAGUGCUUUUUUUUCUUUUACAUAUUAAAUAAUGCAACCUAUUACAUUAUGUGAUACUUUUGGAAUAAUAAUAAUAAUAAUAAUAACGACAUUAUUUGGUUACCAAUUAAAAGCGUAGAUUUAGAGUUACUUUCACAAUAAUGUAUUUUGGUACACAGUGAUGACAUAUUUUGUCUGUGAUAGCACAGC